CACCGAAUUCCUCUCCCUCUCCCGUGCCCAGGGCCGCGCGGAGCUUCCCAGCCCAGCUGUGGGCAGCUCCCGAGGGCUCCGUGCCCCUUUAUUGCCUUUCCCCUGCCCCCGUUGUCGGGCUCUGAGCCCCGGUCCCUGCCAGGAUGAGGAGGUUGCGGCGUCUGAUACACCUGGUUCUUUUCUGCCCACUGACCAAAGGCUUGCAGAAUCGUCUUCCUGGCAUCAAGGUGAAAUACCUCUUCCUGGCAUGGCUGGGCAUCUUUGUGGGAAGCUGGGUGGUGUACAUGCAUUACUCCUCAUACUCAGAACUCUGCCGAGGGCAUGUCUGUCAAAUGAUCAUUUGUGAUCAGUACAAGAAGGGCAUCAUCUCAGGUUCUGCCUGUGCCAGCCUGUGUGAUGAGCACACCCUGGUGUUCCAGCAAUGCCUCUCCCCAUCUCCCACGAAGCAGGUGUACAGUGGGAUUUGGAAGGGAAAAUCGGUGAUCAUCAAAUGUGGCAUCACAGAGGCCUUGAAGGCUGAGAACAAUCCUGACACAGCCCCACGAAGAGACCUGGUUCUGUUUGAUAAGCCAACGAGAGGCACCUCCAUGGAUGAGUUCAGAGAGAUGCUUCUGAAUUUUCUCAAAGCUAACCUUGGAGAUCAACCUUCUCUCGCUGGCCUGGUAGGCCAGAUCAUCACCAUGGCAGAUGUCAACCAGGAUGGGAAAGUGUCUCUUGCAGAAGCCAAGUCCAUCUGGGCCCUGCUGCAACUCAAUGAGUUUCUGCUCAUGCUCUCCCUGCACGAGAAGGAGCACACAUCCAAACUGCUAGGGCACUGCGGGGAUCUGUACCUCACUGAGAAGAUCCCCCAUAGCUCCUUGUACGGCACCGAGGUGCCCCCCUUCCUGAGGCCGCUGCUGCCCUCUGCCAUCCACAGGAUCAUCCAGCAGUGGUUCGCCCCGGCCUGGCCUCGAAGGGCCAAGAUAGCCAUCGGCCUCCUGGAGUUUGUGGAAGAGGUCUUUCAUGGCACCUAUGGGGUCUUCUACAUCUGUGAGACCAGUUCUGCCAACGUGGGCUACAAUGCCAAGUACGACUUUAAGAUGGCUGACCUGGGGAAGGUGGCCCCCGAGGCGGCUGUCCGGGCCUUUCUCAAAGGCCGCCACUGUGAGCAGAAUGCCGACUGCACCUAUGGCCAGGACUGCAUGGCUCCAUGCGAUAAGCUCAUGAAGCAAUGUAAGGGGGACCUGAUCCAGCCCAACCUGGCUAAGGUGUGCGGCUUGCUGAAGGACUACUUACUGUCGGGCACCCCCGCAGACCUCAAGGAUGAGCUCCAGAAGGAGAUCCAAAUAUGCAUGACUCUGAGCGGCCUGGCCAGCCAGAUGGAGGUGCACCAUUCAUUAGUGCUCAGUAACCUCAAGACCUUGCUCUGGAAAAAGAUAUCUAAUACCAAAUAUUCCUAAAAGGACAGGGGCUUGUUCUAGGGACAGCCCACCUCUGCUGUCCUUGGUGGGUAAAAUCUCAUUACAACAAAGGGUUCUGUAGGACAAACAUUUCCACAACCCCGUGGAGAGCCCAAGGUAACAGAGCUCUGUUGCUCAGGCUACACAAAAAUUCUAUGCCACUAGUAGAGUAAAGUGCUUUCUCUAAUUUCUAUCCACACCAUAGCUACUUUCAGUCAGGAAAGAUUUUGGUGAGCCUCUAUUAGGAGAGGAGAGCUGAGCUCUUUUCUUUUAUCUGAUCAUUUGAAAAGCAUUUCUCAUUUCCACCUCCAUGAUGAGCAUCUCACAAAUUUUAUCCAAACUUCCCAAAUGCAAGUUGAAACAAAACAAGAGCUCAAGGAUCUUAAAAAAAAAAAGAAAACACAAACAAACAGAAAGAAAGGGGUGGGAUAGAUGGACUUUUUGCUACCAGCCCAUCCUCUUUUUCUGGUACUAGAUACAAAAUGUGCGUUUGUCACUUGCUAAAGGUCAGCUUUCAUCUCCAGCUCCAGCAGAUGUUGAUUUUAAACAAAAAUCAAAUACGACAAAAAUAAUUGGGACCCCUUCCUACCCCAUAUCCCAGUAAGAAUUCAUUAUUUGCUUACUUUUCUCUGCUUUCCUCUCUUCUCCUUCACUAGAGAGAGCUUUCCACCAAUAGGAAGUUUUCAUAGUUAUAACCCCUUUUCAUCCAUGGAAAAAUGUACCUGUAAUCCUGACAAGAUUAUUGUCCUGAGCCCUUCGGACUCCCAGGCCAAUAGUGUGAGAACUUGGAAACCAUUCCUAAAAAAGCUGGUGGAGAAAGUAGAAAUCAACUGUGCAGAGGAAUUAGUCUUAACUGUGCAAUCUUUCCUAAUUAGGGGAGGAUCUGUAUUAGUAUAGACCAAGGGAAUCAUAAUGCUGUUUUUAAAAAAAAAAUCUUUUUUUUUUUUUGUUGAAUACUGAUGUAAAUAAAUAGCUUUUAUGUGACUGCCA